AUGAGGUGCGCAGGUGUUUUCCUGGCGCUUCUGCUCUCCUUGUCCGCGCUAUCUGCCUCCACUGCCGAAGCACAGGAACGAUUGGGCGAUGCUGCGGUAUUGUUAACCACCGGUCGGAAAUGGUUGAGAGGACGCAGAACAAUGGCAGCACCGGGGCGCGGAGAAGCCCGGAAGGAUGAGGUGACGGAAGAAGGGAGGGGAGCCCAGAGCACAGGUGCAAACACUGUCCAUGUCCAUGGAGCAGAGAAAACUGUAGAGCAGGAGCAAAUCAGGAAGCAGAUGCACCUGCUGAAGCUGUACAUGACCUCGGCUGCAAUUCGCUUCCAGGGUAAAAGGAGUAAGAAGGGCUCGGUAACCCAUGCCAGGUUCCAAGCAUCAAGGCAUGGCGGUGGCGGCACGGAUUAUGCAUCGGCACCUGAGAUCCUCGGCAUGGACUACAACUACAACCUGAAUCCUCGUCGCCACCGCCCGAUCAACAACGACGCUCCGCUGCGUCUGGGUGAGCUCGCCGCCAAGACACCUUAG